CAAGGAACGUCGAAACGGCGCAGGCGGUGGCGCCUCCUCAAGAUGUCGUCGUUCCAUACAAGGCCAUCUCCUACAUGUACAAUACUACUGCUCCUCCUCCGCCUGCUCCUCCAAGUAACACAUCUCGGAUGGUCCACCCCCAAGGUGCCGCCACCACGCUGGCAAUGUACCAGCCAUACACAUCGGCUGUUACUGCGGCUCAGGCGGCUGUUAUUAGUCAUCCUCCGUCCCCCGUGACUUCUCCAGCCGCCCCUGCUGCACAGUGUGUCCCCUUUCCCAUGAUUCACAAUCCGUUGCGAGCACCUCCCGCUACUACCAGACGGGUCUCUUCCGUCUGCAGUACCGGUAGCCCCAAGCCACUUCCCGCUGCUGCCACUCAGCUGCAGCUUGCCCCUCAAGCAAAUAAUGCACCAGCGGCACAACAGCCGGUGCCAAGGUGUGUCUCCCAAAACACUCUCGAGGGCACCUCUGGUGGUCAACCUAUCCAAGCCAAUGAUCCAGUGGCGGCGGCACGUGCUGCUUUCCUCGCUGAGACCACAGAGCAAACCAUGGUGGCUCCUGCUGCCUCCUCCUACAAGGAAGGAGCGGAGGAAACACAAGGAGGAGGAGACGAUGAUGAUUUUGCACACAUUCUCUUUGAAUUGGCCAAUAGCUAAAUCAGUCAUCCCAUUACAUUCAAGAUGCAUUCUUCAAGACACAAGAUGCACGCAUUCUCAAGAUACACCCACUCUAUAGGAAGGGUAGAGCCAAGGCCUGCCACUUUCUUCCUUCGUGCACCAGACCUACCUUAGACUAGCCACCCAACGUACAAAUACGGCGAUUUUCCCUUCAAGGAGGUCUGCAUGCUUUCAUUCAUUCAUUCAUUGUUCACGUCAACACUCCCCCCUUCUCUUCUCUCUUUCAUCACUGGACUUUCAUCAACUAUUACCCCUUUCCUCUCCUAUCAAUCACCAUCGCAAAAGACAACCAUCAAGCCACUGCACCUCUACUCACGCGGUUGUCAAAAGCACACAAGACACAACAGAGCACAAAUAAUUAACUAACUAACUAACUAUUGCAGCUGUAAUAAAAGUUAAAAGUUCAGGUGUAAUGUUGUACAAGUAAGUCUAACACGAAAC